UCAAUUUCAGAAUAGAUUUUUAUAUAUUAAAAUAUUUAUACAUUGUAUUGAAAAUGGUGAAAUCAAUUAUUCUCAUCUCAUUAUUAUUGGUGUUUACAAUUUGUGAUGCUGAGGAAACAAAAUCUAAAUGUGAUGGAUGCCGAGAUCUUUCAAGGGGAAUUUUAGAUGGUCUGGAUAAAACAAAAAAGAAGAAUUUUGAAGGUGGCGAUGUAGCAUGGGAGGAGAAAAAGCUUGGAAAAUAUAAAACAAGUGAAACAAGAUUGGUUGAAAUAUUAGACACAUAUGCUUGUAGCAAAAGCAAUCAUAGAUGUAACACUAUCUUAGAAGAAAAAGAAGAAAAAAUUGAAUAUUGGUACAAAAACCUACAAGAUGAGAAGCCAUUGUUUGAUUAUCUCUGUGUUGAAGAAGCGCAAGUUUGUUGUCCUGAUGAUACUUUUGGAGCAGAUUGUGAAGAUUGUCCGAAAGGUACAUCCGACAAGGUUUGCUUUGGACGUGGAAAGUGUGAAGGAGCUGGUGAUCGAGAGGGAUCAGGCAAAUGUGUUUGUGAUGAUGGAUAUUCUGGUGAAUUUUGCAGCGAUUGUGGAGAUCAACAUUUUGAAACCUUUCGUAAUGAUACUUAUACUAUGUGUGCACUAUGUCACAACUCAUGUAAAACAUGCAAAGGUAAUAAAUCGACCGAAUGUUCAACAUGUAUGGAUGGAUAUAGAUCAGAAGAAAAUAUUGAUAAUGAAGAUGAAUUAAAAUGUGUUGAUAUAAAUGAAUGCGUUGAACAAGCAAACCUGUGUCCUGUUGGUACAUACUGUGCGAAUAAUGAAGGAUCAUAUUCUUGCGAAGACAUUGAUGAAUGUGCCAGUGGAGCAAUCUGUCUUGGUAUGUAUGAAGUUUGUGUCAAUACACUGGGACACUACAAGUGCGCAUGUGCACGAUAUUUCAGGAGAGACCCCGUUUCUGGGCAGUGCCAGCCCGAUCCCAACAUAUACUCAAGAAUGGUACCACCUUCUGCUCCUAGCAAGGCAGCAGACAAGGGAAAGGCCGAAAAAGCAGAUGAGGGUGAGAUUGUAGUUGGAAACGAAGUAGAAGACUCGCUCAGUGAUGAUGAUAUAAAACGACUUGUAGUUGCUGUUGUUAUAUGCAUCAUCGGUACUGCUGCGGCGGGUGGGAAUUUAAUCUGGACCGCAUUGUUCUUUUGUAGCAUAAUCGGUGCAGGCGUCUGGUGGGCAUCAGAUAAAACUGAUGAGCUUGCCAUGUCCAUGAUACCACAACCCCAUCAAGAAUUGUAGCUAUUACGUAACCUUAAACUAACCAGCUAUCAAAUAAUGAUUUGAUCUGGAUACUCGGAGCACAUGAGAUCAUUAUGUGUUCUUCUGAUUCAAAUGGCUCACCCAAAUCAUUAUGGACUCGUGUGAUAUUAUAUGUGUACCAUGUGCUUUUUAUUUAUUAUUUUGUUCAAUUUCUAUCAGAGUUGUUUCAUUAAUAGGCGAAAUAUCACUACUGAUAUCAACUAUUAGGAAAAGAAUAAAAAUUCAUUUAGUUUUAUUGACAUCCUACACAUCUAAUGUCCAACAUAUAUGCUGGCUUCACUAUACUUGAUUGAAUUAGGUCUAUAACUUAGUUAUUUCAUCCAUAGUUGCGCUGAAUGACAUUUGACUGCAUAUCAUCCAAGAUCCAACAAUAAUUAUUUUGAUGCAAAAUUCCAAAUUUGGUUGAUAUCCAUCACAAUAUCAUAUUCUUGCCACUAAUAUUUGUCAAUGAGGAUUUGUCUGUAUUGUACAACACCUAUUUAUUUUAUUAUGCAACCGUAUUUUGUUUACUGAAAAUUCAGCAUUUUGACAUCAACGUCACAAAAUUUGUAUAUUCUCUUAUUUAUUUACUUAACAUAUUCAUAUACUACCAAAUUACUGUAUUUACCAAAUUGAUUGGAAAUAGUUACAGUUUCUUAAUUCACUGGCGUUUUACCCCUGUAAACAUAUACAUUAUGAAUUGUCUGUAUGUAAGAUCAUUGUUGAAAUUGAUAUUAACAUAAAUCUGUUAGAGGUAGAACUGGUCUAGCCUGAACUGUUAGAUAUGUUGGAAUAGGACUUGACCACGCCGUUCGUCCUGAUUCUCUUUUAAUUUUUCCACUCUGAAGUAAAAUGUAGUCGCCCUUUAUUCAUACGAACGGUACUCGAUAGUAAAGUCAUGUAUGCAUCACUUGAUACUUUUUUAUCUCGCAGUUCUAUUUAUCACUUUUCUAAUCGCUGUUAUUAUAAAUAAUUGGUCACUGUGAUUUUGUGCACUUUAAAUGUAUGUAUUACGUAGGCUUACGGACAUCUGAUAAAAUCAUACCUGGAUAGCUUUGCGUUUUUUUUUUAUCGAAAUUCGGUCGUAAUACUAGUAUAAUUAUGGUCUUUCAUAAUUUUUUUCCUAAUUUUCCAAUGUAAAAUUCCAUGUUUAUUAAAAUUGUAAUAUAUAAAAGAUUUACUCCCCAAAAUAUACUCAAGAGUAGUAUUCUUUGCUUCUAUUAUUUACUUAGUACAGACAAUUCAAUUGAAAUUGUCUGAAAAUUUUUUUCGUAUUGUACAGCUAUUAACAUCCGUAUUAUUAAUAACAUAUUUCCAUGCUUAACAUAGACUGGUGACCAGACGAGAUGCAGUGGUUUGCCAUAUGGUUAGGUGUCUCAUCGGCUACUCCCUACCCCGGUGAAAGUGAAUAUCCUAUCCCAACAGCCUUGCAUAACUUUUAGUUCGUAGUCAGUGAUCGCGCUUGAUAUU